UGCGCUUUCGCCAGAAAAUGCGGAAGUGAAAAAAUGUCAUUUGAUGCCAUUUCGGAGGACAGGAGUGGGCGAGAAUAAUUGAUCGUUUACAAUAUAAUACAAUUAUGGGAAAUUAAAUAGUUUAGCGGAAUAUAUCGCUCAAUCAAAACAUAACGGCAGCCGAGUUGAGAUGGAGAGCCGUCGCACAGUAACACGAAGGUCGAGAAAUCAACGCAUCCGACUCAUCAAAUGACAUCGCCACACGCUCGUUUGCCAACCUGUAGCCUAGGUGUGGUGGGCUCGAGGGCGGUCAGUGUUUGGUGUCAACAAACGAACACUUCCACAUCAUCGCGCUCGGAUUCUUCCACGGAGGCAGAGGGACUGACCGUGGGACGGACAUAGUCGCCCCCAUGCCCCGCUUCCCGGGGAGGACUGCGGACGUGGCCGCUAACCUGACUUCCCCCGUGCUUGGUCGGCCACUGUGCGCUAACGGGACGCCCUGGAUCCUCUACCUGUUCGAGGAAUGCGUGGAGAAUGUGUGGGAAUACUGGAGCGUAGUCAUCGGGCUGAUUUCAAUGUUCUGUUUCUUGCUGUCUACUCUGCCGCAAGUCUAUGAGGCUUAUCGCAAUGGUAAAGUGGAGGAGGCCAUGUCGUUUGGCUUUCUGCUCUUCCUCUUCAGUGGGGACCUCAGCAGUCUAAUAGGCUGCGUCCUGACCAGCCAGCUGCCCAUCCAGAUUGUGACAGUAGUGUUCUACAUCUUCACUGAUCUCCUGCUCAUCUCCCAGUUCCUCUACUACAAGAUAAAGAACAACUCAUCUAAAAAGCGCCCCACGUUGAAGUGGUUGUGUUUCCUGUGGUGUGGGGCUUCCACUGUGGCCCUCCUGAUCCUCCCCAAGUUCAUCACUGACAACAACCCCUCUGCCAACACUCAGAGUGCCUCUAACAGUGUGGAGAUCUCUGGUUAUGCCUGUGGAUACCUGGCCUCCAUAUUCUACCUCUCCUCUCGUUUUCCACAGCUCUACAAAAAUGUGAGUGACAAUAUAUGGGUGAUUUAUGGAGGGGAGGUGGGGUAAGAUUUAACAGGAUGGCAG